AAAUGGGUAAAUUAUUGAGUUUAUUGGCACGCGAUGACUCAAACUGUUGCACAGCCAAAUCGUACGAUGUCUUUUUGGAUUUUGAGAAUGCGGCACCCACGGAAACUGAACGUGAAGUCUACGACGAAGUGGACCGUGUGCUUAAGGAAUCAGAAGCGGUGCUGGAUGAGAUACAAGUCUAUAAGGGUGCUGGCAAAGAAAUACGUGAAGCCAUUGCCGAUCCCACACCACAGUGCCAAGAAAAAGCCUGGGCUGCUGUACUGCCGUUAGUAUUGAAAUUAAAACGUUGUUACGAACAUUCGCUAGAAUUGGAGAAAAUCGUACCAAAGCUAUUGGGUCAACUGGUGGGCGGUAAACUAAAUCCUACACAGCAUUUGGAAACACAACAGGCUCUGGUCAAACAGCUGGCAGAAAUUUUAGAAUUUGUUUUAAAAUUCGAUGAACACAAGAUGAAAACACCUGCGAUACAAAAUGAUUUCAGUUAUUACCGACGCAUUGUCAGUCGGCAACGUAUCGAUGCAACAAACAAUAUGCUGGUCAGUACAGAAUUGGCCAAUCGUAUGUCAUUGUUUUAUGCCCAUGCUACACCGAUGUUGAAAGUAUUAAGUGAAGCUACCUCUAAAUUUGUUGCCGACAAUGCGGACGAUGUGGACAACACAACGGAAACGCUGGGCACAAUGGCCAAAGUGUGUCUGAGAAUGUUGGAAAAUCCUAAACUCCUUCAACAAAUUGAACGUGAAGAAACCCACCUGCUGGUAUUACGGGUUAUGGUCGGUCUUGUAAUACUCUACGAUCAUGUCCAUCCGGUCGGUGCAUUUGCUCGAGGUUCUCAUGUCGAUGUCAAGGGCUGUGUAAGACUUCUACAGCAACAACCUGCAAUUAAAGCCGAACCCCUGCUAAAUGCUCUGCGAUAUACAACAAAACAUUUGAAUGAAGAUAACACACCUAAAAAUAUACGAAAUCUAUUGGCAGCAUAAUAUAC